AUGAAUGCCUCAAACGAUACCACAGCCCAGUCCGCCGCCAGCAGCAGCACCAUCGUCACCGGCGAAACCCAAAACCAAAACGUCGACCCCUCCGACAUGAAAAUCACAGUCAACCCACAACGCGCAACGGCGCUCUGGCAAAACCUCUUGUCCGUCCAACAGCGCGUCCACAGCGCAUUGUGCUCUUCCUCAUCCUCCUCCCCGAGCUCGGCGGCGCCCGUUCGCGUCGUCGCUGUCUCAAAGCUGAAGCCGGCCUCUGACAUCCUCUUGCUGCAUCGCCCCCCACCACUCGAAAGUUCCUCCACCCAAGCAGCACAGCGCGGUCACGACCAUUUCGGCGAGAACUACGUCCAGGAACUGCUCGAGAAGUCACGGCUCCUGCCCAGGACAAUCAAGUGGCAUUUCAUCGGCGGGCUGCAGUCCAACAAGUGCGUGGGCCUGGCGCGGGACGUGGACAGCUUGUGGGCGGUGGAGAGCGUGGACAGCGAGAAGAAAGCAAUGCUCCUGAACAAAGGGCGUGGGGAGCGGAACGAACGACUGAAAAAGCAACACGGGCAGCAGAUAGCCGACGGGAACUCCCUCGAGGGCAAACUAAGGGUCUUCAUCCAAGUCAACACCUCCGGCGAAGACUCAAAGAGCGGCCUUUCCCCGAUCUCACCGGACCUCCUAUCCCUCGCCACCCUCAUCAUCCGCCAGUGCCCGAACCUACACCUCCAAGGCCUGAUGACGAUCGGCGCCAUCGCCCGUUCCAAGGCUACCACUCCAGAAACAGAGAACGAGGAUUUCAUCACCCUGCGCGCAACAAGGGACAAACUCGCCGCACAGCUAAGUCUGCAAGACACAGAAGAACUAGAGCUGAGUAUGGGCAUGUCGGAAGACUUUGAGAGUGCCGUACGAUUGGGGAGUCGUGAGGUGAGGGUAGGUAGUACGAUAUUCGGGGAGAGACCGCCCAAGAAGGGUGCCAAGGUGUUGGAGCAAACAGAGCAAGAGAAGAAAUAA